CUUACUCGUCUGACGAUGGGCCAUAUACGCCUCCCCCGUUGCCUCGCUACCUUUCGCGGUCCUCCUUCUCCCCACAGGGGCCUGUUUUACUUGUUCCAAUGGCAUCCGUACGCCGACUGGGUAAUACCGUACGACUAGUGGACCUAAUAGUUUACCCUUCCACUCUCCUUCUACAGUGUUUCUACUAUUACUCGGUCUCUCGCACUAUUGACGAGUACGCGAUGUAUGAGUGCUUUACGACAUGUGCCACCGCCCUCCCAUUUCUUUUGUUGUCACGUGUACUUAUUUUCUGGGAGCUGGGUAAUACUGGACCGGCACGUUUGUGGGCGAGACGGAGUCAUGGGGUCUAAUAUCGCAAUGCCACUUGCGACGGGGUACUCUGCCCCUACAUAUCUUAACUUUCUGAGCCAGCAUCAUCCUAAUACACCCUUGCUGGGCCUUCCCCUAUUUACCUUGCUC